UGCUCGUUCUUUUUUGUCAACAAAUGGGCAUGAGCAGGAGAGGGAGAAACUUCGAGUUGCUUCAAGCUCUCAUUGGACAGCACUUUUGUGUCAUUCGUUUAUCAAAACAACCAGAAGGAAAGUUUUCAGUGAAAAAAAAUCUUUCUCAAAUUCAUGAUAAACUUGAUUAAUUUGUGAUACAGAAAAAAGAGCAUAUUCCCAAUCAAAUCGGCAUUUUUAAGAUUACUUUUGCAAUAAUGCCGGCAUAUCAUUCUCAAAUCAAAGAAUACAGUCAAUCUGUGGGCAAUAUGGCAGUUCUGCCAUUGCGUACACAGGCCAGAGGACCUGCUCCUACGAACGCCAGCAUCGAGCAAGAUAUCAUCGACGAAUCGCUGUACUAUUUCAAGGCUAACGUCUUCUUCCGGACCUACGAAAUAAAGUCUGAAGUAGACCGGGUCUUGAUUUAUAUCACCCUGUACAUUACGGAGUGUCUGAAACGCCUGCAACGUUGUUCCAACAAAAGCCAAGGUCUCCAGGAGAUGUACACGCUAGCUAUUUCCAAGUUCGAUAUUCCUGGCGAGGCCGGAUUUCCGCUAAACGCGGUGUAUGCAAAGCCAACGUCUACGGCUGAAGCGGACUUGAUGAAGCAAUAUUUGCAGCAAUUACGACAGGAAAUCGGAAUUCGGGUUUGCGAGAAAGUUUUCUCCGGAGAGGAUGGAAAGCCCAGCAAAUGGUGGCUCUGCUUUGCUAAGAAGAAGUUCAUGGACAAAUCACUCUCCGGACCAGGGCAGUAAAAAGAAACUUCACUCAAGACAAGGUAAUGUGCAUUUAAAAUGAUAUACCUACUACCUUGUCUUUUGAUUAAAUAAUGGGAAAAGCU